AUGGAUAUCAAAUAUAUUGGAGGUGAUGUUCCAUGGACACUUCCAUUUGGUGAUCAUUUUUAUUCAUCAAGUCAAGCAUCAUUUAUUGAUACACAAAAAUCUAAUUUAACUUCUACAAGUGAUUUAGAUAUAAUUGCUCGUCGACAUAAUUUUGAACCAUUAUAUUUAACGAAUGAAAAACAAUUACAAAUUAAAUCUCCAUUUUCUAAUACUAAUACACAAUGGAUAAAUACAGGUGUUCUAUUUACUGAUAAAACAAUAGAAUCCAAUGUUACAGGAAUUCAUAAAACAGAUUUUUAUGAUGAUCAUGGACAUACAUUUUGUUAUUUAUGUUCAAUUAAUCAACAUCAUCAUGAACAUAUAAAACCUCGUGAUCAAUCACAACGACGAAAAUUAAUUCCAUAUAAUAAUCCAAAAGCUCUUAAAAUUCGAUCAACAUCAUUAGAUCGAACUAUUGAAAAUUCAUUAAUAUCUGAUUUAGUAUCUUAUCGAUUUAUUGUUCGAACUGGUACAAGAAAAAAUAGUGGUACACGAGCUCAAGUAUUUUUAUAUAUGUAUGGAACAGAAAAAAAUUGGACAUCAAUUAAUUUACAUGCACGUACAAAUCAAAAUAUUGAAGGUUUUCCAAGUGGAUCUGUAAGAACAUUUUGUCUUAAAGGACCUGAUAUUGGUCAAUUACAUCAUUUAAAUGUUAAUCUUGUUGGUGCACGUUCAGAUAAAGAAUGGUUUUUAAAAGAAAUUGAAAUAACAAAUUUAAAUACAUCUGUUACAUGGUUAUGUGAAUUUAAUUGUUGGUUACCAGAACAACAAGAAGAUAAGAAAAAAAUAGAACCAAUUACUAUUAGAAAACAAAAUCAAUUAUCAUUGGAUAAAUUAUCAGUGUAUAUAUUACAAAUUCGUACUGGUGGAAAAUCAUUUGCCGGUACUGAUUCAAAUAUUCAAGUUAUUAUUCGUGGUUCAACAGGUCAAACACGACAAUUAGCAUUAACAAGUCGUGGAGCAGAUUUAUUUGAACAAAAUCAAUUAGAUACAUUUGCUAUUGUUGGUCGAGAUAUUGGUGAUUUAUUAGAGAUAAAUGUUGAAUCUGAUAAAUCUCAAUUAGCAGCUGAUUGGGAUCUUAAAGAAAUGGUAAUGUGGAAAAUAAGGCCUAAUAAUGAUGAUGAUAAACAAUUACAAGUUUAUUUUCCAUUUAAUGCUUGGCUUGGACAAGCAGUCAGUAAAUUAAAUGCAAAAAGAGAAACAUAUCCAUCAACUGAUCAUCAUCAAAAAGGACCUAUAUGUUAUCAUAUAUCAGUUAAAACAGGUAAAGAUUUUGGAGCUGGUACAAAUGCAAAUGUAUUUAUAAUUAUCUAUGGAAAAACUGGUCGAACUGUUAAACAUCAAUUAGAUAAUUCAUUAAAAGAUGAUUUUGAACGAAACACAACGUCAGAAUUUACUGUAAGAAAAUUAUAUAUAGAUAGAUCAAUAAAUUAAUUUUAAUUCUUAAAAAAAAAAAAAAAAAAAUAUUCAAAUAUCUUCUUACAAUUUGUUAUACAAACGAAAUUUUUUUUUUAUUAUUGUUAUUUAGUUUCUAAAGAAAUUUGUCUUUACAAAAAACUUCACUAAUUGCUUUUCAAAUGCAUUAGUUAAUAACUAUAUGUUGAAAAAGAAAAAAAAAACGACGUUUUCUCAAAAUUAAUUUUUGAAAAGAUAAAACAAAUUUUCUACUCGGAUCGAUUGAAUUGAAAAGAUUUAUUUUAUUGUAAAUUUGAUUAAAUUAGGAUUUAGGCUUUUUUUUUUGUUCUUUGAAAAUAAGUACCAUAUUUGUGAACUUCGAUAGAUUUUACAAAAUUUACAUCAAUUCAUUGUUGAUAUUUAUCUUCUCUAUAUUUCAUAAAAGAAAGUAGCAAAAGAAUUUCGAGUCUAGAAUAAUUUUUUAUUAUACUCGUCGAAAAUUUCAAAGUGCUUUAUUCAACCAUUUUUUACAAGGAAGUAUACAUCAAUCCAAUUUAAAUACAUUAUCAAAAUAUUAGAUUUUUCUAUGCUAGUCAUAGAAAGAUAAGAACUCAUGUAAACGUGUUCGAACAAUUUCUAUUAUCAAUUACCGUAUUUGACAGUAUAAUGUUAUUUAGUCUAUUAUAUUCAUAUCUGUGCUAUAAAAGAAAAGGAAACGAUGAGUAUGUUAGCAUAUAUGACAUUUUAUACUGUUGAAAUUUCAUAAUUAAUAAUAGAAAUCGAUUAGACACGUUCAUACAAUUUAAUUAUAUGAUUUACCCAUUGAGAAAAUAUAUUUCUUCUAUUUUUCU